AUGACGGAGCACUACGAAUCGGGUAACGACUACAAGGUGCCGGAAAGUAGUGUUUGUGGCGGAGUCCUUCAUGUUAUAACUGUGGCGGGAGUGUCGCGGAAAACUGAAUUUUUUUUGGAAGGGCCGAUUUCGGAUGAUACGUGCGGCGGCAACCCGGUGCUUCCGAAUGCAUCUGGCACACGUUGGAAACGUAGUAUCUUCUCAUCCACGAAUGAAUCACUCCUUACCGAUGUGAUCAUAUUGCUGGCCGGCAAACUUUAUCCGUUCGAACUGCUACAUCUUCGGGAGAAACAAAAUUCCAAUAUUUCGACGACUCAGUUGAAUCGUGCUGGUUUCUUUUUGAAAUACUAA